AUGCAAGAGAAGAAAUCAGACGUUGCUCGCAGAGCAUGGAACAUCCUACGUCUAGCCUUGUUAUGGGCAAAAAAAGGUGGUGUGUUAAAGAGAAGACUCAUGAUGGACCUCACCAAGCACCUCAAAAACCUCCGCCACAGUACUCAACGUGGUGCUCUACAUUACGGAGAGCGCGAGCUCUCCUUCGAUGACACUCCUGUUAUCCACGUCAAGAUGCAUCGUCCCACGUCACUGAGAUUCAAGUUGCCUCACAUUCCAUGCAUAAACCCCCAAGUUGAUUUUGACUAUGAUUUUGAGUACAGUGACGAUAAUGAGGAUAGAAUUUCUUAUGGUGAUUUGGCAAGGAAGAGCUUUCUAAAAGGGGUAGAUGAUGAAGAUGACUACCAAUGUGAGGCUUGUCAUGAGGUGAUUCCUUGCGAGGAUGAAGGGAUUGAUCUCAAGGCCGAGGAGUUCAUAGCCAAGUUCUACCACCAAAUGAAGCUGCAGAGACAGAAAUCAUAUCUUCAGUACAAUUGA